CUGCAAUUUUAUUGCAUAUCAGAAAAGGCUUUUACAUCAUGAUUCAUGGAAAAGAGUUUGCUCAAUACAACAAGGAUUCUCUUCAACCCAAGUAAUAUAGUCAUCAAUACAAGAUGCAUGUUUAAUUUGGCUAAUAAGUGUGCAGGUUUGUUCCCCUGUCGUUCGACAUGAGAGAAUUCAACCCUUCUGAAGUCCUUGGCCAUCUCCAACACUCCCAAUACAACUGAUUCCACUGAUGCUGGAGGGAGUGACUUCUCACAUAGGGCAUUCUAAACAAUAAUGGAGUCCCCUUCAAGUACUACAUCCUGAACACCAAUGUCCUUGGCAAAGAGCAGAUCACCCUAACCCAAACCCUUAAUCCACGUCACAGAGCAAUUAAUAACCUUUCUCAUUGAUUUCUGGCAUUGUGGUUCCUUUCUCUUCUCAAGACAUAUGUCGUACUCUACCACCACAAUGGCUGACCACCACCACCACCACCGCUACCACAACAAUAAAGAUGAGGAAAAAUCUGUUGAUUAUAAGAAGGAAGAGAAGCACCACAAGCAUCUCGAGCAGCUAGGCGAGCUUGGUGCUGUUGUUGCUGAAGCUUAUGCCUUGCAUGAAAAGCAUCAGGCGAAGAAAGAGCCAGAGCAUGCCCACAAGCACAAGAUAGAAGAGGAGAUUGCAGCAGCAGUUGCAGUAGGAGCCGGUGGCUAUGCGUUCCAUGAGCAUCAUGAGAAGAAAGAAGAAGAAAAGGCUCAUGGAAAGAAGCACCACCAUCUCUUUUAAGAGUAUAAAAUAUUUGUAUGUGUUUUGUUGUAUUCAGAAUAUUUGAGACAUGUUAAUCAUCAGUAAGCGACUACCCCAAAUAAUAUUUUUAGGAAUGAGUAAUGAGUUUAUGAAUCUCUUCUAGAUGGGGUAUAUCCUUGUCAAAUUAGGUUUUAUCUAGAACUCUUGCUUUGUGCAAUGUUACAGUGUCAACUAUAUUUGAGUUUCUCUUCUCUGUAAUCUUCUAUGAAGUUUUUGAAGUUCUCCCUUUUCACAUAAAUUUUGCAUAUAUUUGUUGUUCCUAAGAACAAUAAUCGAUAAAUAAAUAAUCUUCUAACAAACAUUUGAAUAAUAACAUUUCACAAGUAUUGGAUUUUCCAUAAAAUUAGAGAACAGUUGAGAGAUAUUAUCUCAACGAUGCUUUAACAUAAUUUCAUAACAUGAGAAGCAAAUUACCGCUAAUUCAUGAAUGUUUUUAGAUGGCGAGUUAAGGCGUGAAUCAUGUCACUAUCUUGAAAUGAUACAUACUGUCUACGGGAUUUCCAGUGUAGUAAACUAAAACAUUGUGGUGCUGCUCCCAGAAUACAACAGCCACCUUAUUGAUUAUCCUUACAAGCCUACACCACUUGUAGUAUAGGAAGCUCUUAAUAGUACUUUUCUUUUUCCCAGAAAUAUAGUAUAUAUAAGGAUAUAUUAUUUUUCUUGAAAUUAGAAUUUUGACUCAUCAAAUAUGUAGGGAGUUUUCUUUUACAUGAAAAUUUAUUUUAUCAUCUCAAAUCUAGACACGUUGGUUGCAAAGUGAGAAAGCUAGAGAGAAAUAUGAUAUCUCUAUAUAACUAUCAGGUUGACCACCACCAAAAUACAUUUAUACUAGUUGUUCACCUGUGCAAUGCACGGAAAAACUAUUGAGUAUGCAUUAUUAUUUAAUCUUUUGUGAAUGAACAUUAAAUGAGCACAGAUUUUAGCAAAUUUUUCUAAGAUGUAUAUGAAUGUUUUGCAAACAUAACUUUUUAAAGAAGAUUUAAACAAUUUUUUUUUUCUUUUUCUUGUUUGAUUGCACAUUAGGAUUGCAAUCUACAAACCCUUGCGAUGCAUGAAAAAGUAAUUUAUAAAAUCAAGGGAUAAUUAUAGAUUACCCACCUGUGGUUUGCUUCUAAUUUGACUUGCUUACCGAUGGUUUCAAUUUUGACACUUUACUCACCUGUGAUUCCCUCCGUUACUAAUCCGUAACCUACCUUUCCUUCGAUCGUUACUCUAACACAUAAUAUGUCAAAAACAAAAGCCCAAACAGAUCAAAACACUCCUCACUCCCAAAACUCACUCCCAUCCAACUUGCUCACCAAACUAAGAUCCUAGAUGCUACAAUGCAAUGCGCCUGAGAUUUCCCAUACUAUAGACCAAAAAGUCAAUUCCCUUUACACAAUUGAGCCUAAUCAGACACCUGCUUACUUAUUUUCAAUUUCCAUAGUUUUCUCAACAACUAAACGGAUAGCUAAUAAAUCAAUCCAGAAAUUGAAUUAAUAAAUAAAUAAAUGAAGAAAGAUCUAACCUUCCCAAAAAUUAUAAGCCAACAAUCCUUGGUCUUGUUGUGCUUUGACACAUCUUCAAAAACGUGAAUCUUUGGAUCUGAAGCCAUUUUUCACUGAUGCCAAUCAUAAAAACACCAAAACUUUAAAAACCCAGAAAAAUUUUAUAAGCCAAAACCCCAAAAAUUUACAUUUGGGAAGGAUCUAACAGGACCCAAUAAGAUUCCAAAUCACCAAACAAAAAAACACCCAAUACCCAUCAAUGUUUAUGCAGUAAAGGUGUAAAAUUUAUGUGUAUAUAUUCGAUACAAAGGAUCUAAAAUAGAGAUUCCGAAUCAAGAGAGAAAAAUAAGCAGAUCCACUCUUCUUUGCCACUUGCUUCAACUUGAAAGGGAGGUUGGGUUGUCUUUGGACUUGGGUUUAGCAUUUUGAUGAGUCACGACAAUGAAUGGGUAUGCUGGGAUUUUGUUGGGUAGAUUUGCCAUUUGGAGUUUGUUGGGUGGGCUUAUUGUUGUGUUCCGAUGAGUUAUGAAUACGAAGGAAAGGAUGGGUUGCUGAGACUUUUCUUAGGUGCUCAUGUUUUUUGAAUGGUUUUUACUGGGUUUUUGUUAUUUGUUGGUAUGAAUGGCUGGGUUUACUUCGAAUAUUUCUAUUUCAGGGAGCUAGUUAGACUGAAUUGGCUUUUUGGCUCAAGAGGCAAGUCGAUUUAUUGGUUUUGUCUGUAUGAUGGGUUUCUUAGUUUGAGGAAAUCUGGGUUUAUUUCUUAGUUUGAGGAGUUCUGGGUUUAUUUCUUAGUUUGAUCUUGUUUUCUUUUGCUUUUUUUG